AUGGACUCUGAGAGCCUUGCUCCGAGCUUCUGUAUCGGACAACAUGAGAGCAAGCGCACCAUUCCGAUUACCUCGGAGGUGGUGCAGUUGGCGCAUGAAAGUAAUUAUGAUAUGCUUACCACCCCGAUUACGACUCCCCAUUUUCACUCGCGUGUGCUCAGUCUCCUCUCUUCUCACCUCGCGAACAUACAAGCUAUCUCUCACGAUGACCCUCGGACUUUGAUGACCACAGGAAACACACGGCCACUAGUUGUUCCGCAAUUAGGACCGGCCGAUACCCAUUUGACUCCAAAUGAUGCAAUGUCGCAAUUGGUGGGAGUGACCAGUUCUUGGAUCGAUAUGUGUUCCCCCGAUCCGUUGAUUGCAGACCUUUCACGCCAAGUUUUCAUGCUAGAAGUCGCAUACGCUGCUUUCUGUGGAAUUGGUUAUAUUUUGAUCCCAGGGCCGAAGCUGCACCAUAAAGGGAUGCAUUCGGACGGGGUAUCGUACUACGCACGGGCAAUUCAAGACGCAGUCAGCCUCGGCCCAUACAUCCAGUUUCAUAUCUGGUUGGACAUGGUUGACCAGGGGGUCGGAGUAGAUGAAAUGGGCGAUCUUGCGCCCCUUGCUCGAGAGGAAUUCUUUGAGGAUGAAAUAGAGACGCCUAGGAUAGACCUUUUUGGCACUUGGGAUGCUUGGGAUGCCAUUAGAAGAACGUGUAAAUACCAUUCCAGGCUAUUCGUAGGACUCUUGUUACCCAAGCACCUUCCACCUAUGUCGGUCCAGUCUAGGUGGCAUUCAGAGCCUGUUCACUUGUUCGCCAUCGACGCCAACACCUUCAUCAAGAACCAAAAAGGGUACCCAGUCUUGGGGAAAGCCCAUCAGGCUCUGAUUUCCAGGUUCAUGCGUCUCCGGACUGCGCCGUGGAUCCUGCUCUGUGACGUCGGGCCUAUCCCAGGUGUAGAGGAAGACACUGCCCUCAACCUCCCUGGCUCUGAAUAUCCAAGUCUUGCGCAGGCCGCAACCUCGAGCAAAAAGCAUCACGAUCCAACUCCGCAUUUGUCCUAUAUGAGAAACCUCCAGCAGCGUCAGCCUCCGCGGACCGCCAUUGAAAGAUUCGGCGUCGGCUACCAAGACUACCUUCAAGCGCCGCUGCAGCCUUUGACGGUCAACCUAGAAAGUAUCACCUACGAGGUAUUCGAGAAGGAUCCUAUCAAAUACGAGUGGUAUGAGCGUGCUAUCGCGAAAGCAUUGAGCGAUUGGGCGGAGCAGAAGAAGCCUACAUCAAACCCGGAUGGCCGAGUGGUCCUCGCGGUGGUUGGAGCCGGAAGAGGCCCCUUGGUGACCCGGGCACUCAAAGCAAGCGCUACAUCGGGCGUUGAAAUCGACCUGUGGGUUGUGGAAAAGAACCCAAAUGCAUUUGUUCUCCUUCAGCGUCAUAAUGAGAAUCUAUGGGGCGGAAAGGCCACCCUCGUCCACUCCGAUAUGCGUGCUUGGAAAGGGCCGCGGGUGCAGAAGCAAGCUUCUGUGUCUGUUUACUCCAAGAUCGACAUCGUCGUGUCCGAGCUUCUGGGCUCUUUUGGCGACAAUGAACUCUCACCUGAGUGUCUAGAUGGCGUCAACCACCUGCUGCAUCCCGCGCACGGCAUCUCAAUCCCGGCAUCAUACACGGCGCAUUUUACCCCAAUCUCAGCACCGAAGCUACAUGCGGACGUCACGAACCAGACAGUCUCGAAUCCUGCCGCACCUGAAACGCCAUACGUGGUCAUGCUACAUGCCAUCGAUUACCUCUCUACCACUCAGUCUGAAGCUAGCGCCGCUAGGUCCUCCGCUGCGACAGCUCCAUCGGAAACAUCCACGCCAUUCGUCCAAACAGCGUGGUCGUUUUCCCACCCUAACCGAGAUAUACCUCCUCAGCCGGCCUCGACCUCGAUGAUUUCCAAUGCACACAAUGUGCGCCGGACCCGUCUGACGUUCCCGGCUUCGAAUCGUGGGGUCUGUCACGGUCUUGGAGGCUAUUUUGAAACCGUUCUAUACCCCGGUGUGGAACUUUCCACCAACCCGGUUACUAUGGACAGUAAGAGCGCGAACAUGAUCAGCUGGUUCCCAAUCUACUUUCCGCUUAAGACCCCUCUUAAUGUCCCCGACAACGGCGAGAUCGUCGUAACCAUGUACAGACAGACGGAUGACCGAAAGGUGUGGUACGAGUGGAUGGUGGAGGUUUUCGCUCUAGAGGGUGGCGUCUCCGAGUCAGCAUCGGCACCAGCAUCAGCAUCAGAGCGCUUCAUCCCUGUGAUGAGCGGGGCCAGGACUAUUUCCCCAGGCGCGGACAGCGCUCGCAACAAGGCCGCCACCAUUACGGAUAGCUACAGCAAAUUAGCGCAGAAGAAAACACGGGGCCCAAGACGAGUCAGGGUGGGGAUGAGUGAUCUACACUCAAGCAUUAAGGAUGGAUGUCUUAUGUAG